AUGGAUUCGGUAGGCACGGCAACCUUCGGAUUUCCAAUGUUUCCUUAUCCUUCCCAGCCCCCAGUCGUCAUCCUCCCUGCCACUGCAGGCACCAUCCGCACCAAACAUCUCAUCCUCCGUCCUCUGGCAUUGUCAGACGCCGACGACAUCUUCGAGUAUCGACGUCUACGAACCGUCGCCGAUUUUUUCAGUUCCGAAAAGCCACACAAAGACGUAGAGGAAUCACGAGAGUGCAUAAGGAAAACAAUCUUUACAACCCCAGACGCAUCCGGAACCUGGCAUCGGCAAUUCUUCUUCGCCAUUCUCCUCGUCGACGACCCAAUCGAGAAAGUCAUUGGUACGGUGGGAGUCAGCGCCCUCUGCCCAGCCCCAACCCUAGAGUUCUCGACUCACCCCAGUACCUGGAACCGUGGCCUCGCCACCGAGGCAGUGAGAGCGUGCGUUGAUGCGUGGUGUAAACUGCCGAGAGUCAAAAUCAAUCCGGAUGGAACAGCAACGCCGGAGAAGCUGUUUGCUUGGAGUGACUACUCUAACGGUGCGGGUAGGAGGGUUCUCGAAAAAUGUGGGUUUGAGCGAUACCAAGAUCUACUCCUUUCGAGGGAUGAAAAGUCUUUGUUUGAGUUGAAAAACCCGGGGAUAUACCUGUCCAAGUUGGACGAAGAUGCGAUUGGGCUGUAG